AUGGAGGAGGCGCUACUCUCCACCCCCAUCAACCCCAACAACUUCCCCGCCAAACUGUGGCGGUUGGUGAACAGCCCUCGCUACCGCUCGAUUCGCUGGGACGGCCGCGGCGAGGGGCUGCUCAUCGACCAGCCGCUCUUCGAGGCCGAACUGCUCAGCCCGCCCGGGGCGGGAGCCGGAGGCGGCGGGAGCUCCGGGGGCGGCGGCGUCGGCGGCGUCGGGGGCGCGGCGGCCGAGCCCGAGCUCUUCAAAACCACCAACUUCACCAGCUUCAUCCGCCAGCUCAACCUCUACGGCUUCCGCAAGGUGGUGCUGGACGGGCCGGGCGCGACGAGACACGCGCCGGAGCAGGUGGGCGGCGGGCCUGUGGUUGACGGCCCGGUCCAUCACUUCCACAGCCCGCAUUUCCGCCGAGACUAGCCCCAGCUGCUCGUGCACCUCAAGCGGCUCACCAGCGCCAACAAGGCCAAGCUGGCGGCCGGCCUGAAGGUGCCCUGCCGCCCGCCCAACCGCUUCCAGAGACUCCUCAUCACGUCGGCCUCCGCCUCGGCCUCGGCCUCCGCCUCCUCCUCCGUCUCGGCCUCCGCCUCGGCCUCCACCUCCACCUCCCCGCUGCAGCACCAGGAGCCGCCGCCGCCCGCGGGGCCCCGGCCGGAUCCGCACGGACCAGUGGCUGUAGGACAGUUCCAUCGGUCAUUCCGGCGUGAUAGUCUGUCUCCUUAUUCCUACGUAUCAACUUCAUCCCACAACCACAGUACCUUUCCUCUGAAAGGUUUAGAUCGGACCCCGAUUCCUCCUAGAACAUGGCAGAACUCCCUUGGAAUGCACCCAGGACAAGUAGAAACGUCUCCUACUUUUUCAGAUAAAGGGGUUCCAUUUCCUGUCCUGCAGAGGUUUCCAACUGAAGUUACCUAUACUCUGCAGCCCAGCGCCACAUCCGUACAUGUUCAGCAAGGUCCUCAAACAAUGGUCAACUCCUCCCAAAAAUAUAGUAACUACACACCCUCAGCACAGUACUCCCAAGCCUACUAUCCAACAGCUGUAUUACAGUGCUGCUCUCCUUCUACCCACAUGGACGCUCUCAGCAGUUGUGUCACUCCCACUGCCUCUACCUAUGCACACUGCAACUACUUCCAGAAUCCUCCAAUGCCAUCCUCCUAUCCAGUUGAGUUUCUGCCUUCUAAUUGGCCUUGUGGUACUACUGAUGAAAAUAAAAAGACAGAAGUAAACCUAGAGGCUGUUUUUCGGAUCUUAGAUGAAUUGCAUUCCUCCCCUAAAUUGGAGAUGGUAAAGGUGGAGCCUGUUGAGAAUCAGUGCCCAACAUCUCAGUCUAACAGAGGCCAACAUAUCCUAGCUAAUUCAAGCAAUAACAAUCCAUCUUCCACAAGUCAGGCUAGCCAGCUGGAGCCACUUACUCCUGUAGGUUCAGAUAUUACAUCUUUUGUGGUCGGAACAGAACAAGCAAUUUCCUGCUCUCUACCACAGUCACCUGAGUACAUGUAUACCAUCCACACAGCUCAGCCUGUUGAAAAUACUACAAUGCAGGAAUCUGCAGCCAUCCAACAAGCUCAUGUCAAACUGAAGGAGCAUCUAAGUCAUAAUCCAUCUCCACCUUCAGUAGUAUUUGUGCAGGAAGGGCUACCGUUCAGCCCACAUCAGGUGGAUGCCAGUAUAAAAUGCCAGACCAAUCCACCUGAGAAUAUCUUGCCUUCAGAACAGAUGGGAUUCCUUAUUUCAGAGAUGGGGCCUGCUAGCAAGCCUAGUAAAGACACAGAUUUAUCCACUCCAGUCAGAUACAGGGAGCGAAGAAGCAGCUCACAGCAAGGAAAGUCCCCUGAUCUUCAUCUGCUGGUGGAUGUGGCCUGCAAGCAAGAGCACUUUCCAAAGGAGGAAGAAUUAAAAGAGUGAGGCAUGGAUGACACGUGACAUUGUGCACUAGC